CGAACCCUAGGCCUGACCCACUCUCCUUCUCGCGAGAAUACGAACGAUGUCCGCCCCAACAGAUCCUCCUGCACUUACCCACAAGGUCGUCGCGAUCACCACUGGCAAGUUCCACUUCCUGGCCCAGUUCGAGUCGAAUGCGCCAAAGACGGCAGCGUGGCUGACGGCCAAGAUGCCGCUGCGACACAAGCUCAUCCACGUUCGCUGGAGUGGCGAGGCCGUCUGGAUGCCCUUCGGCGACGGUGCGGCACCUGAUCUGCCCUUUGAGAACCAUACAUCCCACCCUAGCGCAGGGCAGAUUCUUGUCUACCCGGGCGGCUACUCGGAGACGGAGAUCCUGUUCUGCUACGGCGGCACGUCGUUUGCAAGCAAGAUGGGGCCCCUGGCUGCCAACCAUGUCCUUACCAUCAUCCAAGGCGCAGAACAGCUCGCCGAACUGGGCCGAACCGUUCUCUGGGAGGGAGCACAGCCCGUCCAUUUCGAGUUGCUGUCGAGCAAGCCAAGAUUGUAGAGUCAAAUGACAUGCAUGCUCCGGCUCAAAAUUGCAUUAUUGUGCAGCAAAGGAAAUGUCCUGAUCAAAGAGAUUGUUAAACCACUCGAGACCGGAAUCAUUCAUUAGU